AUGGGCGACGUGAAGUUGAACCCUGACCCCUCCUGCUCGUCCUCCCCUCUGUUCCCGUCCCUCGUCUCCCCUCCCUCGCCGGCGUCCUCCUCCUCCUCCUCCCUCCCCUACAGAAACGGAGUCAUGCCUUUCAUGCUCUCUGUCAGCGCGGAGCAUCUACAGAGGUUCAAGCAGCUUUUACUGGAGGAGAACCCCAGCCCCGACUGCAGCCCGCUCACCUGGGACCAGCUGAAGUCAGCCCGCUGCGGGGAGGUGGUCCAUCUGCUGACCGAGUACUUCCCGGGACGGCGCGCCUGGGAGGUGGCUCAUGACAUCUUCGCCAAGAUGAACCAGAGGGAGCUUUGUGUUCAGAUACAGAGGGAGCUGAAUGAAAUUUUACCUAACUUGGAACCGGAGGCCUGGAACCAGAGAAAGAGGGAGCUGACUUUGGAGGAAGAUGAGUCUGAUAAAAUUCGGGAGUACAAGGCACGUGUGAUGAGUGAGCACUCAGCCCUGUGGGACAGGACAUCUUGGCCUGGGAACAACGUGGACUUCUUUUACCAAGAGCCCUGGGGAGAAGACACACUCCUGCAGUGUCUUCUCCUGCCCAGAAAACCCCAAGGAAGACAGCCCAAGACCGUGGUCCUUCUGGGAGACGCUGCCGUCGGGAAGACCACCGUGGCCAAAAAAGUGAUGCUGGAGUGGGCAAAGGACAAGUUCUACGCCCACAAGGCCUGGUUCGCCUUCUACCUCCACUGCCAGGAGAUGGACGGGCUGGAGGAGCGGAGCUUCUCCGAGCUGAUCGCCUGCAAGUUGUCCGGGUCUCUGGCUCUCGCGUCUAGGAUCCUCUCCCACCCAGAACACCUCCUCCUCCUGCUGGAUGGCUUCGAGGAGCUAACCUUGACCCUCGUAGACAGACCGGAGGACCUGAGCCAAGACUGCAGCCAGAAAAUGCGCGGGUCCAUCCUCCUGACCUCUCUGUUGAGCAAAACGAUGCUCCCUGAUGCCACGAUCAUCGUCUUCCUGAGGUUCAACUUGUGGAAGACCGUGAUCCCCUUUCUGAAAGGCCCCUCUCUGAUCACCCUGACGGGCUUCAGCACGCCGGAGCGAUCCAGGUAUUUCAGGUCGUACUUCAAACACGGGCGCGAUGCCGACGCGGCCCUGCGCUUCGCCAUGGGCAACGCCGCCCUCUUCUCCAUGUGCCGGGUCCCCGUCACCUGCUGGCUGGUCUGCUCCUGUUUGAAGCAGCAGAUGGAGAGGGGUAGCAGCCUGCCGCAGGCAUUCCCCAACGCCGCGGCCGUGUUCGUCCACUACCUCUCCAGCCUGUUGCCAACCCAGGUGCGGCACGCUGUCAGCGAGACCCACCAGGAGCAGCUGAAACACCUGUGCUCCCUGGCCGCGGAGGGCAUGUGGAAGAACCAGUGGGUGUUCGGCGAGACGGAUUGCAGCCUGGCCAGACUGGACGAAAGGGACGUCCAGCUGUUUCUCAGGGUGAGGGUCCUCCGGAGGGUGGCGGCUAACAGGGACCUCAUCGCCUUCACCCACCCAAGCUUCCAGGAGUUCUUUGCCGCCCUGCUCUUCGUCCUCUGCUUCCCGCAGCGGCUCAGGAAUUUCGAAGCGUUGGACAGCUUCCACGUCUUACAGCUGCUGGCUCAUCCCGGGAGACGGAGAAACCCCCUGGCCGGAAUGGCGCUCUUCCUGUUUGGCCUGUUGAAUGACACGUGCACCCUCUCGGUGGAGCAGCUGCUUGGGUGCAAGGUGUCCCUGGGGAACAGGAGGAAACUGCUGAAGAUCGCCGCCCUGCCGCCCGACGGUGACCCCCCGGCCCCGCACCACAGGCUCCCCCAGCUCUUCUACUACCUGCACGAGAUCCGGGAGGAGGUCUUCGUGGGUCAGACCCUCCAUGAGUGUCGCAAGGCUCUGCUGGUCAUCAACAAGAUCAGGGAACUGCAGGUCUCCGCUUUCUGCCUCAAGUUCUGCCGACGUCUGCAGGAGCUAGAACUGACCGUCGCCAAAAUGACCAGCCUCUCGCCAGGCCCUCUUCCUUCUCCCCGACCAGAAGGCAGUGACAGGAAUUCUCUCUGGUGGCAAGAUUUCUGCUCUGUGUUUAGGACACACGAGAGUCUGGAAGUCCUGACUGUGAAAGACAGCGCGAUGGACACUGAGACCGUGGAGAUUCUUGCCGCAGCACUGAGGCAUCCACACUGUAACCUCCGAAAGCUGAUCUUCAGGCACGUGGGCUCCCUCGUGGUGAGUGAAGGCAUCCUCAGAGUUCUGGUGGAGAACCAGCACCUGAGACACUUGGAAAUAGAAGACACGAAGAUGAGACGCCAAGUGAUAGAGGCCCUCUGCAGCACCCUGAGACACCCGCGGUGCUUUCUGCAGACCCUCAGAGUGUCGUCGAUUUACAGGCUCGUGCUAGCCUCAGGUCUGCUGUCUGCGGAGCCGAAUCACUCUGCAGAUUUCUGCAGUCUUUUCCACGACCGGUCACUGCUGGACGGUUGCCCGUUUGACCCCACCACCGGGGCUGACCUCAUCUGGAGUCUCAGGAAGAACAUCCACCUGAAGACCCUGAUGCUGAGACGCGGCUGCCUGGAGAGGGGCGAGCCGUGUGCCCCUGUGUUGGCGCCCCAGCUGGAGAGGCUGUCGCUGGAGAAUUGUGACCUCACGUCGCUUUCCUAUAGAAGUCUUGGCUUUUCUCUUGUGAGUAACCGGAGUCUGACCCACCUGAGCCUGGCAGAAAACGCCCUGCAGGAUGACGGGGUGAAGGAGCUCUGGAACAUCUUACGAAACUUUUCAUUUCCUCUGCAGAGGCUGGUGCUGAGGAGUUGCGCCCUGACCUCCGAGUGCUGUCAAGACAUAGUGUCUGUUCUUGAUAAGAAUAAAACCCUGAGAAGUCUGGACCUUGGCUGUAACAGCCUGAGGGACGCCGGCAUGAUCCUGCUGUGUCAGCACCUGUUGAAACCUGACUCUGGCCUCCAGGUUCUUGAGCUCGGGGAGUGCCGGUUCACCUCCUUCUGCUGCCCGGUCCUGACCUCCGUGCUCCUCCACAACUGUACCCUGCGGCACCUGGACCUCAGUGGAAACAGCAUCGGGCUCCAGGGCGCCAAGCUCCUGCAAGACGCCGCCCUGCAGAGGGUGCUCGGCCCCAGGGUCGUCCUUCCCCUCACGGGGCUGCCACACCCCAACUCCUGCUGGUCUGAUGAGAAAGUGGACCUGGAUACUCCCGUGAACCGAGGCCGACAGAGCAUCGUCACCGGAAAGGUGGGCAGGGGCGGGGCGGGCAGGUGCGGAGAGCCGCUGCUCCGCCUCUACCCUGGGUGGGCCCGGCGGAGCGAAGCAGCCAAUAGGCAGCAAGAACGUCACCGCGCGGAUCCCCCAAAGGCCGUCACCACGUGCUUGCGGGCUGGGAUCCCGUCCUAG